AUGUGUCGGCAGAUCAAGUUCCCAGCCGACCCAAUACAAGUCUUCCGGUAUUUGGAUGACGACGGGUCCGGAGAGCUGACGUUGGAGGAAAUGGACCCGGAAGGGAACUACAUUUGGGCUCCUUGGAAUCCACCAAAAACAUGUUCCUCUUUGUUUUCGCGCACGUUUUCUUGGGCCACCUUCGUGGAAUGGUGCUCUCAAAACUUUGCAGGAGGUGCUGACUUCGUUCAGAAGCUUCUUCCAAAGAAUGCAAAGGAGAAGAAGCUGACAGCUUCGCAAUUCAAAGAAGGGAUUGUGAAGUCUGGGUGGAGCCAUGGCGAGGAGCAGCUCCUUUUCCGGGCCGUGGACCUCAAUGCUGAUCAGGUCAUUGAUGUGAAUGACUUGAAGUGGUUGGACGUCCAAGCCAAGCGUGCCCAGAUCAAGCGAACAGCCCGGCAGCGUGCCUUAAAGGAACGGAGGAAGCAGACCUUGAACCCGAAGAUGGUGUCGGUGACCAUGAACGAUGAGUUCAAGGAACGCCUGAAGCGCAUGUGCGGGAACUACUUGCGUGCCUGGCGCUUGGCCUUGAGUCCCAACGACUCGGUUACGAUCUCCAGGACACAGUUCCUGACAGCCUGCUCCAACCUGGGCUUCAAGGAUGCUGGCAAGGUUCUGUGGCACGCAUUUGGCAAGGACGAGCUCAGCCAGGUCUCCUUGGACUUCUUGGAUGUGGAGACAGCAGAGGUCCUGGCCCACUUCCAGCGUGUGGUGCAGCAAUUGGGCGGUGUUCAGGCUGCGUGGAGGGUUUUUGACAAGAAAGAUGUGAAGAGAGUGAAGCUGCCAGAGUUUCUGGAGACAAUGAAGCAAGUGGCCCCAAGUUUGCCAGCGAAGCAGCUCUUCAACGGACUGGACUUAGAUGCGAAUGGCCGACUGGCCGUGGACGACUUCAAGUUCUUGGAGAAAUGGAAGUUGCCGGAGUAUCUGACGGCGAAGCCUUCGGAGGAAGCCAAGAAUGCGGUCAAGAGACAACUCAUGUUGGUUUACAAGAGCUACUUGAAGGCCUGGCGAGUAGCCUUGGACCAGGACAACUCCAACCGUUGCAGCUGGCCAGAGUUCCAGGCGGCCUGUCGAAAGGUCGGAUUCAUGGGGGAUGUCGCAGGCGCAUGGCGUGCGUUGGACGCGGACUUGUCGGGGAGCAUCACAUUGCUUGAGAUCGACAGCGAGAGCAGUUCGGUUUUGGCGAACUUCAAGGCCUGGGCAGAUCAAAACUUUGGUGGUAUCCGCUCGGCCUUCGCGGUCUUCGACGACGACGGGUCCAACAGCGUGACGCUACGUGAGUGGCGGCAUGCCUGUCGCAUCUAUGGGUUCAAUCAAGGAGCCUCGAGCCUUUUCAAGCAACUGGAUGCUGAGGGUAUGGGCUCCUUAUCACUGGACCAGGUGGCCUUUCUUGACGACUGGGAUUUCCAACCAGAGAAAGAAUCGCCCCCAGCAACACCGCGGCCGGAUGCGACGAUGCGCAGCGCUGCCUCGAAGGGGCGUCCAUCAGUGAAAAAUGUCAGCCUCUUGCAGGAACUGGUUUGGCUCUGGAAUGGGCUAACAGUUAACGCCCUGGUGCUUUGUGUCUCAGCAAAGCUUUGUGGCAUUUCGACGGAAGCACCACAAGCUGCAAGGUUCUCCCCCGCCUUCAUUGGCUUGUCCGACAGUCACUGCCGGAAACCAGCUUGGCACCUCCAGAGCGCAAUUGCUGGCACACCCUCCCCUGCCGCCGGCCGCGGCCACCGUCGCGUGGGCCGAGCACGGGCCUUCCCGGCAUGUCGGCAUUUUGCCCGCUUGGAUGGGGUCCGCUCCCUUGCAGCCUCACCCAGAGCUGCAGGCUAUGAAAUGCUUAUGUCGCCUGACCCUCGCGACCCGCCCAUGGUGAAGAUCAGCCGCUUCCGGUGGCUGCGCGAGCGUCGCGUCGCUGAGCGUGCGGAGCGGCAUGAGCGGCCCAAGACCACCCCGGCGGACGCUUGGCACCGGUGGGGGCGGGGGCCUGGAGAGCGAACAGCAACCAACCCAGGCGAACCAGUUUAA